CUUUGCGCGAAGUCCUCAGACGACGGUCGCCGUCUGGCAGCAGCCAGCCCGCUUCUGUCCGUCAGCCGGUGCGGGAGGGAGUGUCGUCGUGUGUGUGAUGCCUCCGACUUGAAGAACGACGCCAAGAGCGGUGCGACGCGAUCAUGUCCAUGCCCCUGCAUGCCAAGCUAGCGGCGCGAAUCUAAAGAGGCGACCCGUCAUCGUCGUUAGUCACCUUCCGAUUCUCCCCCCCGCCCACCCCUACGAAUGCGUCUUCUCCGCGCCGUGCUCGUCCUGCUCGCUGCGACCGCAUGGAGUGCGCAGUGCCUGCACCUGCGGGGAACGUUCCGCACGGGCCAGUUCUUCACGUUUCUCGCCAAGUUCGGCUUCAAGAAGACCGACCGGCAUGACCACGAGAACACGCUCGGCUACAUCUACGGAAACGUCACCGCGCCGGGGAAUGCGGGCGUCAAGCACCGCGGCACGCUCGUGGUCGCCGACAGAGACCACUUCCUCGCCUUCUACGGCAAUCGGACGCAGAGCUAUCCGGUCGGCGGCACCGCGGCGUCCGUCUGCGAGCUCAUGUUCGCCGGCAUCAACCAGGUCGCCUUCGACAGCAGCUGCAACCCGAACGGCACGCAGGACUUUCUCCGCAACAUACCGUGCGCGGCGGGCAAGCUGUGCGAGGACGAGGACAAGCCGAGCCGCGUCGUCGCCGGCAAUCAGUUCACCUACACCGUGCGGGAUCUUCAUCAAGCUCGGUUUUGGUACGUCAGCAUUGUCUCAUGCUACCGGGUGGGCGAAGGCAAGAACUGCAAGUGGAAGGACUCGGUCGACGAGGACAUUGAGAUAGCGUACGACAUCUGGCUUGUGAACGGCAACCCGGCGGCCCCCUCGCACAACGCCUUUGAAUAUCAGUUCUCCUUUGAGCAGCAGGGCAGCCUGGAGAGGGUUCUCCUCUUCUUCCUCCUCUACUUGGUUCUGGCUGGGCUACAGGUGUACGCCGUCAUGCGACAGAAGCACCUGGUCACACGGCUCUUCACGGCUGCCCUCACCCUGCAACUGCUCUCAUUUCUGUGGACAAUCACGCACCUAGCAUUCUUUACUUGGGAUGGCGACGGGGUCCCGUCACUCGGGAUUGUUGGUGAUGUCAGCUACAUGCUUUCACAGUCCCUGUUCAUGCUGCUCCUGCUGCUGCUUGCCAAAGGUUGGGCCAUCACACGCACAGAGUUGACAUGGAAGCCAGUAUUGUUCUGCAUUUGGCUGGUCUACAGCUGCAUACAGAUCCUCCUCUACGUCUGGAACAUGACGGAGGUGGACGUAAUUGAGGAGAUUGACGAGUACCAGACCUAUCCGGGCUGGAUCUCCCUCUGCUUUCGGCUUGUGGUGACCGCCUGGUUCCUCACAGAACUGCGGUCAACCAUGAUGGAUGAGAAUGACCACAGAAAGCUGCGCUUCUACCUGCAUUUCGGAGCGGGGCUCCUGUGCUGGUUCGUCUAUCUGCCCGUGGUGGCACUCAUCGCCCUCCAGGUGUCGGCCCUGUGGAGGCAGAAGUUCAUACUCGGCAUCAGUUCCUGUGCCGACUUCCUGGCAUAUGCCAUCAUCACACAUCUGCUCUGGCCGACACGGAGUCAGCAGUACUUCCAACUUCAGUCCGAACUGGACCCCGGAGACGAGCUCGAAGAGCUCAACGAGGCACCGCACAACGUCCAGGCCAACUGCCGAAAGCAAACUAAGAGGAGUCAUGCAAGCAUCUUCUGUUAGGAGUGAAACGUCGCCGCAGUUGGUAAUGACUUUGGGGGAGAACUCUAAGUGCUUCCUGCUUGUUUGCCGCUACAAAGCCUCUGACAUGUUUGAUGCUUCUGCUCCAUAUUGUUUACUAUACGUAGCACCCGCACUUGUUGCAUCAAGUACUUAUAUAUAUCUAUAUAAUAGGAUUGUUUUUAAGUCCAUAAACUAUCUGUUUUCGAUGGUGGCGCAGUUGUUUUAAAGCAGUCGCCACGGUGCUAGGGUUCCCGGUACCCACAUUUCCAUUUGUGUUGCUCGUAGAUUAGAUAGAACCCCCGUUCGCAGUGGCGAGCGACAGAGAUCUGAUGUUUACGGUCCUGUAUGUCAACCGUUCGCGCUGUCGUAUCCUACCAGACAACUCAGCCUAGAUAGGGCUAGGUCAGAUGAGCCAGUCUUGUAGUAUAUUAGGUAUAGAGACAAAUGUCAUUAUUGCACACCUGUGCGCAACCUUCCAGUGCCAUCUGAAAAGACUUGCCCGACUAAGCAUCCACAACACUCCUCAAGAGCAUCACUGAUAAAACAGGCAUGACAGUGGCGUUUCGGUCUACUCCACUUCAUGCCUAUGUAGCAAAACGGAACUGGUUUACCAAAGCCAAGUGUACAGUCACAAAUCACAGUGUGCCUAUCUCGUUAAAAUCAGUUCAGAAGUCGUACUAUUGCUGUGUGCAGGAAACUCCUCUCUCUAUGGACUUUUGCAUCUGCUAACUUCGAAGCUGACGAAGCGAAAAACGAUUGAGCUGGCGAUUUCAGUUUGCUGGGAUGUCUUGUCAUUUAAUCUUGCACAGCGCAACUAACCCGUGCGUGCUUUUAUUUUAGCAGCAGAUGAUGGUUUUUGGUGUAAUUCCAGCAUUGUGUUUUCAAAAGGUGUUGGUUGUUUCUGGUGGUGUGUUUAAUGCUCCACAGUAUUUUGCGCGACUAGUCAGCAACUUGUAUCAAGGAUGACUACUAGUUGCUUCCCUGAGAAGCUGUGAUGUUCCGUUGUUUUUCAGUUUUUUUUUUUUAUUUCAUUCUCUUGUGUUAGAAUGGAUUGAGAAGCGACGAAGCUAUAUAUACACUUGUCAAUGGCACUCUUGUCAAUGGGCUCUGCCCCAUGAAGGGGCUUCUUUUGAAGUUCGCGAACCUAACUGUAUUGCCAUGGCCUCAUUCACUGACUAGCUAUGUUAGGGGCAUAUCAUUUUGGUUUUCUCUCUAUGUAUAUUUCGUGUGGCACCUUCAACUUUGUCCUUCCGUGCUGUGUAUUAUUUUCCUGAAGUUACUGUUUUUAUCCCAAUGUUCUGACUGAAUAUAAGCCGCCACAGCAUUUGUUACUUGUUUCUCAAUGAUUUCAUGUCUUGUAAUGAUCUGUUGUUGGUUUAAAGAGAAAAAAAUAAACUGAUGCAAGAAUUA